AUGUCAAUUUAUGGUAGGCUUAGAAGGAAACCACCAGUUGUAAACAAGACUUUGUUUUCGCCAACAAAACACAAAGUGGAGGAAAUAACUUCAAGUUCCACGGAUUUGAGCUCUAUAUCUGCUAAUUCAUUUUCAUCGACUUCUAGCCUUGAGUCCUUCCACACCAAUGAAAAGGACUGCAAUUCCGACCAGUACUAUUCAACCCAGUCAAAACGCACAGCAGCAAUGAGUUUAAGAUCACCUGUGAAGAAAUCUAGGCUAAGUUUUUACCCACGUUCUGCUUUCAAGGGUUUUGAAGAGCUUGAAAACGAAGAAAUUGGACAGUCUCCACAUAGCGAACCAUCCGAGAAUCCAUUGAAGACAGCUAGAAAGACUACACUAUUUAGCAAGAUCAGUAUAUGUGAAUCCCAAACCGACGAAGAAUCUGCGAAAGAAUCAACCACAGAAAAUAAACCACGAAACGUAGACUUCUCCGACGAUGAGUUUGCGGUGGAACUUUCAUCGACGUUGAAAACUUUAAACACUCGUCUCAAGAAACUACAAUCCGAUGCAGUAAAUGAAAAAGAUACAAAUAAUACCAAUGAGGAAUCUGAACCUGUAGCAUCAACAGGGUUUCCUUCAGGUCUCAAGACUUAUGGAAAUGUUAGAUCCAUUAAAGUUGAGGAGAAAUCUCUCUCUGAUGAAGAGAAUGAUAGUGACGGGGCCAUAAAUCAAAAUGAUUACAUAUGUUCCACUGCAACCAAAAGUACAACUCAAUCAUCAGUUGAAUUACGAGUUUCAGGAGAGCUUGAAAGCUGUAAACUCGAAUUUGAGAUGAUUAUUGAACAAUUUGAAGAUUGGAUAGACCAGGGAAGAAGUGAUUUUUUACAAUUGAAAUUGGAUUUGACGAUAAAGAUACAAAAAGACCUAAAGUUUGAAUCAUAUCUACGUAAUUAUAUUGUUAAUACUUCUAAUAGACGAGUAAGGACAGUUUUGUUACAUAUUGUUACGCAUGACACCAAAAUUCCAAUUCUUGAUCUUCAUUUGAUUGGAUUCUUCAAACUUCCGAUAAUUUAUGCAUACUUACACAUUAUCACUUUAUCUAAUGCAGAUGAUGUACCCAUUAGGGACUAUAUCACAGAAAAUUGCAAAUUUCAAAAAAAAAUAACAAGCUAUUUAGUGGACGACUGGUUGCUAAAAUACUCCACAGUAAGUGUGUAUUCUGCAAUACUAAAUACCCUUCUAGCAGUAGAUAUUACGGACUUUGGAAAACUAGAGACACAAAAACGUGACACUAUACUCAAAUUUACUAAGUCGUGUAUGAUGUUAGAAGAUCGAAUGAAAUCGUCAAUUGCAAUACAAGUGUUGAAGAGAUUUCUCCCCAAAGUCUGUGCAGCCGAUGCUGCUACUUUGAUUGAAGAUAUUAUGCAAGUAUUUCUCAACACACCUCAUGGAGAUGUCUAUAAGACUAACUCUAUUCUUGAAUGUUUGAUUACUGCGUCAGAUCUGUUUGAGGAGAAACAAGUACAGAAUCUUUUGUUUUCUAAAAUAGCGUGGAACAAACUAUGGUGUAUUGCUCAAUCCGCUAAUACAUUAGGAAAUAAAUCACUCAAUGACUUAGAGGAAAAACAGUGGUUAUUUGCUUUAGGCUAUUUAUUUGGUUUUAUUAAUCAGGAUUACUCUAUCACCGAAGAAAGUCAGUUGGAAAUAAUGAGAGGUAUCAUAAGUUUACCUGUUUUGAAUAAGUCGACAUACUCCACAGUAGAGCUACAUGGUUAUGGUUAUCUUGGCAUUGUAGCCUAUCACUUCUUACAGAAAUUCGGAUGUUUACAUACUGAAGAAUCUUUGCAAUUAGAAAAAUUGUGCCAAAUUUUCAAGUCAAACAAUACUGAACCUAACAAUAGGUUAACUGAUUAUGUUUAUUCUGUUCUUGAAAAAUUGUAA